CAGUCUUGAUUCGGCAAUCUUAAUCGCCCUCGGAGAAAGUUUUUUGUCAUUUGGAUCUUACUGAACUGCACGAGUUACUUGAAAUAGCGUUCUUCACUUUCGUAUUCAUACUGUGCCCGCUAUAAUAACUGAUGAAGAUAAAGCGAUGUGCCUUUCAAUAUAAACUGUUUUUUAUUGUGCUUUUAAUUCUGGGAGUUUUAAAAAUCCUUUCUGAAACUGUGACACCGAAACGCUUUUUUGUGGAGCCUUAUUGGAGGAGCUCCAGUUCUUUCAAAUUCAGUGAAUUAAAUCAAAACGUCAACUGCACUGCCAUCUAUGAUGCAGAUCCAGUGGAGAUCGGCAAGUCUCUGGAGAUUAGAAGGAAAGUGAUUAUUGAUUUGGAGGAUGACGAUGUCAGGGACAUGACGGCUGACUGCCAAAGAUAUAUUAAGUUGCGACAAUAUUCUGAGAAAUCGGUUUCAGAUGAAGAGCGCCAGUUUCCGUUGGCCUACUCUCUGGUUGUGCACAAACACUCAGGAAUGUUUGAAAGACUCCUGCAUACAAUCUACAUGCCUCAGAAUGUCUACUGCAUCCACUACGAUCAGAAAUCCUCCCAAAGCUUCAAAGCUGCUGUCCAAAAUGUAGUCAAAUGUUUCCCAAAUGUCUUUAUUGCAUCCAGACUGGAAUCGGUGCAGUACGCUCAUAUUUCAAGGCUUCAGGCCGAUCUCAACUGUCUGUCAGACCUCCUCAGCUCCCCAGUCCAGUGGAAGUACGUCAUCAAUCUGUGCGGCCAGGACUUUCCACUCAAGCCCAACUUCGAGCUCAUGACGGAGUUAAAGAAACUGAAUGGGGCCAACAUGCUGGAAUCAAGCAGACCUAGCAGCUUGAAAAAGCAGCGCUUCACUUACCGCUACGAGCUUCGCGAUGCACCUUACGAAUACCAGAAGCUGCCUUUUAAAACCAAAGAGAUCAAGGACCCUCCGCCCCACAACAUCGAAAUGUUUUGCGGAAGUGCCUACUUUGUCUUGAGCCGCAAGUUUAUUCUGCACAUUAAUGGGAGCCAGUUAGUGAAAGACUUUUUGGCCUGGUCUGCGGACACGUAUUCUCCUGAUGAGCAUUUCUGGGCUACCCUGGUGCGAGUCCCUGGGGUACCAGGGGAGAUUCUAAGGUCCGAUCCUGACUUCACAGACUUGAAGAGUAAGACACGACUUGUGAAGUGGAGCUACCUUGAGGGCACCCAUUACCCUCCCUGCACUGGAACCCACAUUCGCAGCAUCUGUAUCUACGGGGCAGCAGAACUUCACUGGCUCAUUAAUUUUGGCCAUUGGUUUGCGAACAAGUUUGAUCCUCAAGUAGACCCCGUUCUUCUCAAAUGUUUGAAAGAGAAAAUUGAAGAAAAACAAGUGCAUUGGGUAAACUUGACCAAGUGAUGUGCAUUUUGGUGGCAAUGCAAACAUGUUAUUCAAAUUCCCAAAGAGGAAUUGUAUAUUUUUAUGAACCUUGCUUUUUUGUGACGUCUUCAAGAAGGUAAUUUGUGACACAGAGUUAUUUUUUUAAGAAAUUAUUUUAUAUGCGUGAUCGUGUUACCUUUAUGCCUUUAAGUGUGCUGUUUACAGAACUGGUAAAAGCCAGAGUAAUCUCUGAAGUAUCACCAUUUAAAAAUGACAGUUUUAGAAAUAAUGCAAAAGUCUUUGAAAUUUCUCUGUAACAAUUUAACGUCUGCAUCUUGCAUACAAUGGAUGACUUUGUUCUGGCCAGCUCCGAUGUGUAAAUGACUCUGUAGCUAUGUUCAUUUUUUUUUUUACUGUACCGGUUUCAUCAUUGUUAAAAAGUCUACAAGUCUUUUGUGGCCUAUUGCUAAUCAGACUGUUUUUCCCAGCUCCCUCUCUUUAUCAUGGAAGAAAGCCUGUUUUUUCUACGAGAUUUGAUUAGUAGGGAAUCAAAUGGCAGCUCACUGAAGUGAAUGCUCAGGGUUAGAAUCCCAGUCCUACGCUCAGUUCAGAGUUUCAAAAAUCCCCACCAUUUAAGUUCUAUUAUUUAAAAUGAUCAGGAGUCAGGAGUUUGAGAAGUUAAAACCCUGUUAAAAAACGUUUCCCCCCCUUUAGGUGCACAAGCAACUCCUGAGGCGCCAGUGACUGGGAUAAGCACAGUCUUUACUAUAGCAUAUCUAAACAAUAGGAGCUGUGAAAGCCAGGCCUGGGAGCUGGACAUGUUUGAGUUUCUAUCUCUGAUGUAUAUGUGAGCCAGUGAAACUCUGCCUGUCAUUUAUAAUUCAUAGAGCCUGCAGUAAUUGCACUAAAAUAUGGAAAAGCCACAAACUGGGGAGAAAGAAAUCAAGUAUGAUUUAAGAAAAAAAAAAAAGUACGUUCUGGGCAGAUUGAAAUUCAUUUUUUAUAACCUUUUGUUGCAAGUAUGGCUUUCUCUGCAUCAUUUUUGCACAUUGUCACUGGGCUUUGCAGGAAUGAAAAACAGGUCUUCUCUGCUGUGCUUUGCUGGCAGUAACGAAUGCUCUUAUACAGUGUCCUUGCCCAGGGGAACAGUGUAUACCGUAGCUAGGCAGUUUUAGGAACUAAUGAUUCCCUUUAAAGGUCAGGCAGGUGUUCACAGGCUCCCAGAUCUGCUGGAUUUGAUGCAGUAAAUCAAAACAGUAGUCAUGACAAUCACUGCAUGUAUUUUCACUGACAAUGCAAACAGAAGAAAUUAACUUCUCAGUGAUUUCAUUUCUAUACCUUUAAGAUCAGCUUUGCAGUUACAAACAACUGAUCUUUUGAAAUGAAUGGAAAUAAUAUAUUUUAUAUUAGUAGUAUGAAUGUACUGUAUUUUCAGUGUAAUGUGAAGACACUACAGCUGUACAACUUCAUAUCGGUUUCCUUAUGUGCUGAAGCUGCAUUGAAGGUCUGACAAUACAUAGUGUGCUGUACAGAAAUGAUCACAGUUUGCCAGUUAAUCAAGUUUCCUUUGAAGAAUGUUCAAUGUUCUCUAUAAUGAAGCACUUACAGUCCUGAAGGAAUUUACACAGGGAGAAAGGUUUCUUGUGAAUGAAUACAAAGAAAACAGAAUUCAAGUAACCUAAAAAAAAGCCCACUGAAUUGCACCUUAAUAAUGAAUGAGGAAAGACAUCUUGAAGCACAUAAUGAUUGAAUAAUGAACCCGUAUACACUACUGUGCGAGUACAAUAAACGAAGCAGAGCAGAUCUUCAUGGCGCACUUGACAGCAGAUCAAUGGCUACAUGAGAGGAGCAGAUAGGGUUUUUUGUGAAGGUAGUGUGGAGAGAUCCGGAAAUAAUCUCUAUGACUUUAGUCUGCAGUAUCAGAGCACACAGUUUGGGGAGGGGAAAGAGGAAGCAUACACAAACUUUUAGAACAGAAGACUACUGUCUCCAAGUCAGCCAGUGGCUGCCAACAGAACUAUCAUGACAUGGAACUCCCAUAUAUAUAAAAAAAACGAACACACCCAGCCACAUUCUGGCUGAAUAUUACAAGUGGAAACAGUUCUCACUGAGGGUGAAUAGAGGCAUCCACUUUGUCCUGAGUCACUUCCUAAUUGUUACAAAGUUAUUUUAAAACCGCUGCAUUGCAAUAACGUUAGUUGGAAAUCCCCAUAUACUCCCUGUGGUAUUAAAAAAAAACCAGUUGGCUGUGUUAUUCAGAGACCAAUGCAGUGCUCCAUCUGGGCCUCCAGCCAAGAUCUACAACUCAGCGCGACCAGGAUUCAAACCACCUGACACUAACACAAGAGUGCCUUUACUGAAGGGUACACUGGGGACUCUGAUGAGAAGAUAUGCAGUAAAGGAUUUUACAUUAUGAAAUGCCAUCUUGGCCAAAUUCUCACGGAAAAAAACAUUUGAAUGUACUGUUAUUCGACUAUACGCAAUUAAAAUAUUUUUUUAUAUUUAUUAUCUCCUUUAUGUAGCUGUUUUUUAAAGAAAAAAGUAAUGUUUUUUUUUUUUACAUUUCUACUUGGUAAUGCCUUUUGAAAAAAUAUUUUUUGAUAAUGAUUUUAUUAAUUAUGAUUUUAAGUUUUUCUUUUUUAUAUAAUCACAGUAGAACCUCUGAGUUCUGAACACCUUGGGAAUGGAGGUUGAUCGUAAGUCUGAAAAGACUGUAACUCUGAAAAUGAGUUUUCAAUGGUUUAAUAUGUACAUCUGCUAUCUACACCCUCAAUCUGGAGAAUGAUACAAAGGCUAAAUUUCAGUUACUAUGGAAAUUGGAACUGUAGCAAAAACACAGAUUUAAACAUCCAGGAAAACCCGGGUUAACGUAGCGCUUGCUUUUAUUUUAUUUUAAACAAAAUGCAUUCCUGCAGCUUGCUCAGACAUUCGGCCUCCUUUGGCAUGGAAAAGGAACUGUGCUUUAUUUAAAACUAAAUGUUCCUUGUAAAAUUGUCCGACUUGCUUUGAAAUCUGCCUCACCUUUCUGGAUACAUUUGUUGGUACAGUAAUUGUGCCUUCUCUGUGACUAGCACGCCGCUUAUAGUAGCUCCUAUGUGGUUGCAUUGCACACAUGGGUGAGUGACUGUGUACUUCCGGUUGAAAGUGGGGGUGUUCGGUAGACCGGUCAGUUUGUAAGUUUGGUGUUCCUAACUCUGAGGUUCUACCGUAUGUAAUUAAGGACUGUUUAGAGUCAAUGAAUUUGACCAAAAAUCAAGAAUGUUUACUUGAGUCUACAGAAUAUGCAAUUUAUACUAAUUCUAUGAGUUGUAUUGUAAGGUUUGAUGUCACUUUUAUGCAAAAGCCACUUAUUUGUCAAGCAAAGAUAAUAAUGUAUGCAAUAAAAUGUACUUUAAUAAUGUCAUCACAAAUACAAAACAAGGUUAUUAAUUUGUGCCUCUAAGCAGUAUCAUUGACCCUUUCUCACAAAGUUUGAAUUUGAAGAUUGAUUAAAAAGACUU